UUCACCUCCGAUGCGACAAAUAUGAAUAACUUCCAUACAUCAGUUCCACUAUUGGCAUUCUGAGACGACCAGUUGGUUCGGGGAAAUAUUAAUUUACUCGUCCAUAAUUUCGAAUAAAACUUUAAACAUUUUUACAACAAAAUGGGACAAGGUGCAUCCGCAUUUCCCGGUCUGGAAUCUGCGCUUGGUUACACGUUUCGAGACAAAAACUUGCUCCUGGAAGCCCUCUCUCAUGACAGUUUGCGGGUCAAUGAUCGUGCCAUGCGAGACUACCAACGUUUCGAACACUUGGGGGACGCCGUGAUUGCCUUCGUGAUUACGAACUACUUGUUCCGCAAGUAUCCCAAUUACGACGAAGGACAACUCAGUUCACGUCGUGGCUCGCUGGUUGGUCAAAAUUACCAGAAAGGAAUCGCACAACGGCUUGAGCUGGACAAAUUUGUCAAAAUGAGUCAGGGUGUCAGAGGGUUUCAGAGAUUCGACAAAUUCUUGGAAGCCUUGAUUGGUGCAGUUUUUAUGGAUGCUGGUGGUGAAGAAAGAGGAUAUCCGGUUGCUAAGCGAGUCAUUUACAAGCUUUGGGGGCUUCAAGAGUAACAAGGAGAAGGAAUUAUUACUACAAUGAAUUUAAAUUAUUUGAACUACUAAAUAAUCUGUAACGAUUAAAAAUAAAAAUGUUCCAUUGGGUAGUUUGACCAAA